AUGGUCACUAACAUGACAGAAAUUGACAUCGAUGGUCCUGACUACGGCUUCGAAAUCAAACAGAGAAUCGGAAUUACAGUCGUCUAUUGUCUUAUCUCCUUCACGGGUAUUACAGGAAACAUUUGUGUCUUCUUGGCGGUUCUGCUCUCAAAGAAGCUCCAUACGCUCACCAACAUCCUUGUGGUAAAUCUCAGUGUGAUAGACUUCCUGACUUGCUGCAGUAUCCUCGUCCAAUGUGUAGUUCUCUUGACCUCGGAACAGUUCCUCAGGGUAGUUCCCAGUCAGCUCUGCGUCCUGACCAGCGCUGUAAACUUUGUAGGUGUCGCUAACAGUCUGAUGACGCUAACACUUAUUGCUUUCAUGCGCUGGUACGUCAUAACCCGCAGCAUUAGGGGUCACAGAGGACUCCACACUCCUGGAAAGAUCGCGACGUUGCUGAUCAUCACCUGGAAAGUUUCACUGGUCUCCAUGUUGCUUCCACCAGGACUUGGGGUAGGAACUUUAGGGUACAGCGCCGCCUAUAAGCAGUGUCUGACCAUCGAUGGCAACCAGCUUGUUGUGUACUACAGCAUGUUACAGGCCGGUGGUUGCUUCGCUUUUGUUGCAAUGGCUGUAUCCUUUUACAUUGCCAUAUUCUUAUUCGUUCGUAAGAAUACCGUGGCAUUAUCGAAGAACUUUAGUAGCCAGAAAAACGCCAAGAACAUCCAGGAAUCAAAAUCAAACCUAAAGCUAGAGAACAUGAAGGAUUCUUCUGUUCAAAGGUUAUCGUAUCAUGUAGUAGAUGAUAGGCAUCGUCGAAGCGAAGAUCUGCAUCAAAUGACCGCGCUUUUCAGGAAACGUGAAUGGAGGAUCACCAAGAACCUUCUUGUUGUAUUCUGUAUCUUCUUGGUGUGUUUCAUACCUUUCGCAAUAACCCUCGCUAUACCUGGGGGGAGCCUGUUUACCGUCUACACGACGACCCUGCUGUAUACAAGCCCAUGUAUCAACCCUAUAGUGUACUGUCUGAAACACGACCAGUUCAAGGAGGUCUUCAGGCCCAUGCUGCGGUUUGCACGAAAUUUCCCCAGGUGA